AUGGCGAGCCGACAGGACAGUUCCUCCCUCGGCUCCCGGCGGUCGGGUGGACGGAACGUAGGCCAGUUUGUCAUCGACAAAGAGAUUGGCAAAGGCAGCUUUGCCCAGGUGUAUAUGGGCUGGCAAAAGGACACGCGAGCUGCCGUGGCCAUCAAAUCCGUCGAACUAGAUCGCCUGAACAAGAAGCUGAAAGAAAACCUAUAUGGCGAAAUCCAGAUUCUCAAGACCCUUCGACAUCCGCACAUCGUCGCCCUCCAUGACUGUCUCGAAUCCGCCACGCACAUUAACCUCGUCAUGGAAUACUGCGAGCUCGGUGACCUGUCCCUCUUCAUCAAGAAACGUGACAAGCUCAUUACCCAUCCCGCCACCCACGACAUGGCCCGCAAGUACCCCAGCACCCCUGACGCUGGCCUGCACGAAGUCGUCAUCCGGCAUUUCCUCAAGCAGCUGGCGAGUGCCCUGGAGUUCCUACGGAGCAAAAACUACGUCCACCGCGAUGUCAAGCCGCAGAACCUGCUGCUGCUGCCCUCGCAGGCAUUUAGGGAACAGCGAAACCUCCCCAUCAUGGAGGCCAGCCAGGACUCGUUGAUACCAAUGUCCGGCAUCGCCUCCCUGCCGAUGCUCAAGCUUGCUGAUUUCGGAUUCGCCCGUGUUCUGCCCGCGACGUCUCUCGCCGACACCCUCUGCGGUUCACCCUUGUACAUGGCCCCGGAGAUCCUCCGUUACGAGCGGUACGAUGCCAAGGCCGACCUGUGGUCCGUCGGGACUGUCCUGUAUGAAAUGAUUUCUGGAAGGCCCCCCUUCCGCGCGAGAAACCAUGUCGAACUGCUGAGGAAGAUAGAAGCUGCCGAAGACGUCAUCAAGUUCCCUAGAGACAUCCCCAUUACGCCCGAAAUGAAAUCCCUCGUAAGAAGCCUGCUCAGAAGGAACCCCACGGAGAGGCUGCCGUUUGAAGACUUCUUUUCCCACCCCAUCGUCGUCAACGAGAUCCCAGGUCUGGUGGAGGACGACGUCCCAAGGCCCGCUAAGCGCGAGCUGAAGACAAUCCCUCAAGGAGAAGUUGCCGCCCCGUCACCGCGCGUUGGCUCCCUGCGAAACGGGACCUUCGAAGCCCCGCCCACCAGGUCGUCUCGGGAAGUGCUGCCUCGGUCAUCGCCAUUGACAGAGAGCCCCAGCGAGGGUCGACAUCGGCCGCCGUCUGGCGAGUAUCACCGGCGGCCAAACUCACCCCGGGAGGCUGGAGCUGGCCUGGGCAUUCAGCGCCCAACAGUGUCUCAUGCCAUCUCUAUGCCCAAUCAUCCACGAGUGUCCAAGACAUCUCUUCAAAACACCUCGCCACCUUCGUCUCUGAGCCAGGACAUGCGCAAGGCUCGAGUGCCAAGCGGCAAGGCUCUCACCGAGGAAGAGGAAAAGGCCGCCCAAGAUGUCAUGUUCGAGAGAGACUACGUGGUUGUCGAGAGGAGGCACGUCGAGGUCAACGCGCUGGCAGAUGAGCUGGCCGCGAACGAGAAGCUGGCAUCGCAGAGUCCCACGUCACUGAGGUCGAAGCCGCUGGCUCGGCACUUUUCGCAGCAGGGCGCCCCGACCUCGACGACGGGAGCCGUCGCCGCUCCCACGUCGCGGACGCAGCUUGUGGCGCAGGGCCGAGCCGCCCCAGACCGCCGCUCAUCGUACGAGAAGGCGCUGUCUGCGAGCCCCGGAUCGGCUUCGAGCGCCAUCACCAAGGCCAUUCAAGAUGCCAGUCUCCGUCUCUUUGGCGUCAGGGUGCCCAUCCGCACCAAGGGGCAAUCUCCGCCAACCUACCUUCCGUACCCGGCCUAUCCGACGCCGCCGACCUCGGCCGGCCUACUUGGAGACGGCAAGAGCAUCGCGUCGGAGGACGAAGACGCCCGCUCCGCGCAGGCCAUUGAAGACUUUGCCACCCGAAGCGACUGUGUCUACGGAUUCGCCGAGGUCAAGUAUAAGCAGCUUGUCCCCAUGGCGCCAUCCACAGACCACGGGCUCGGCGGCGUUGGGGCCGACCAACUGUCUGUGGACGACGACGGCCUGACAGCCGAGGCCGUUGUGGCCCUCUCUGAAGAGGCCUUGGUCCUCUAUGUCAAGUCGCUUUCCCUACUGGCACGGGCCAUGGACAUUGCCAGCAUCUGGUGGUCCAAGAAGAGCAGAGGAGACGUCUCCUCCGGCCUCUCGGCUGUUGUCUCGGAAUCCAUAGUCCAGCGCAUCAAUGCGGUGGUCCAAUGGGUUCGGCAGCGUUUCAACGAGGUCCUGGAGAAAUCCGAGAUUGUACGCCUCAAGCUCAUUGAAGCCCAGAAGGUGCUUCCAGAGGACCACCCGAGCCAUCCGUCAAACCAAGGCAUGGAGUCGAACCUGUCCGCCGCAGGAGCGGGAAUGGACCAGGUAUAUCUCACACCUGGAAUCACGGCGGAAAAGCUCAUGUACGAUCGGGCCCUCGAGAUGAGUCGUGCUGCGGCCAUUGACGAGGUGACGAAUGAGAACCUGCAGGGCUGUGAGAUUUCAUACAUCACCGCUAUUCGCAUGCUCGAGGCCGUGUUGGACAGCGGCGACGACGCAGGCCUUUCGAGGACCAGGGAGAGCUGCAGCGACCUUGAGAGCGACGAGGAAGCUCAUAUUCGGAAGAUGAUUUCCAUGAUUACUGGCCGACUAUCCAUGGUCCGCAAGAAGCAGCACAUGAUUGCCGAGGCGAACAGCAAGACGCAGCCACUAACCCGUCGACGAAGCGGCGACGUCACGCCUCGCAGUCCCCUCUCGCAGACGUCGUCGUGA